CGAAAGGCACAUUCACUAACCAGUGCAUUACAAUGAAGGUAUUAGUCGUUCUAUCUCUCGUAGCCCUUUGCUACUCAACUCCCCUUACAGCUAACAGACAUGUUACUGUAGGAGAGGAUGGCACUAUUACCGUCACUGGUAUCCAAGGUAGGGAACUCAACAUCUACCAAUCCAUCGUCAAUCCCGGAAAACUCGACAUCAUCUUCAAGAGCCCGUUCGGCAUCGCCAGGAAAAUCCAAAUCGACGAGAUGACCAACAACAUCGAGAACGUGCCCUUCAACUUCUUGGACGCCAGAUUCGCCCACAACCUGCCCAAGGAAGUGAUCACCCAGGCUUCGAUCCUCGCUCACAUCUUCCGUCAAUACGAAGGCAUCGUAGAUGAACCCACCUACUUGGUGCUCUUGGAGAAGGUCGAAACUUUGGUAAGACACGGAUACGUUCACCAAGCCGUCCUCGAGGCCUUGAAGACCUUCGAGAAAAUCCAUUUGGUCGAAGAGAUGAAGAAAGAUGAAGCCGAACGCAUCGUCGACAACGUCGUUAGGGAACAAUUGACCGAAGGUGUCCAAUACCCCACCCAAGUAUACAACAAAAUGCACCAAGUUAGUGGAGUCGUACCGGUACAAGGUGUAUACGGUUUGAACCAAUACAAAACCGUAUUGCCUUACCAAAAAUUCUUUGGAAUCCAAGGAUUAUGGAACAUCAAAUACAUGACUCCCUACCAACGCCAAGUACUCCUCCAACAAUUGAAACAAAAAAUCCAAUUCGAAAGGCUCGUAGGAAAAGUCAACCCCGUUGAUGUAUUGAAAGUAGAAGAACUCGAACAAAUCGUCGAGCCAAUGAACCAAUACAGAUACACCCAAACCCAAGUCUCCCCAUUGACCCGUUUCAUGAACAACAUGGGACUCAUCAAGGGACAACAGUACUACCAACAAUACCAAGGUCAAUACGUUCCCCAACAAUACCAAGGCCAAUACGUUCCCCAACAAUGGCAACAACUUAAACAAUUGCACCAAUUGGAACAAUUGGAACAAUUGGAGAAGAUGGAAGUACUCAGAGAAUUGGGACAACAACAACAACAACAACAAUACUACCAACAACAAUACUACCAACACACCUACCCCCAGGGAAUCUACCAACAACGCCAAAUGGUUCCCCAACAAUACGAACAAACCCGUUUCGUCAACCAACAAUUCGGCUACGGCAGAAUCCCAAUGGUCUACUAAAAUGUUAAUGAAACUCUUAUUACAUUUUCUUGUUGAAUAAAAUUUGAUGUUU